CUCGCUCCGUGCCGCGCGUGAGAAGGGAGGCUGCAGCUGUAGGUGGUAAUGUUAGUGGUCGUGGGCGGAGAGGGUAUAGCAGCACCCUCAGCCUGGCCCCAGUCGUCUUUCUGGGAGCAGAUAGGGUGGGUUGGCGCGUGCCACAUUUGAUUCCUUGCUGGCCACGAAGCGAAGGUGUGUCUGAGGUUGGCGCCAAGUACUUUUUACUCCUGAGUUGUGCCGCGUAAUAUUUUGUUUCAUGUACUUUCGUUUGUGUGGAAAAAAAAACCGUUGUUCAGAGAUUUUAUUAAUACUAUAUGGUGACAGAAAUAAAUAACCUAUGACUUCCAAGUGAGGAGCGUAACAUACCUACUUCACAGAAAUUAAGGAGCUUCUGUCAAGUCCAUCUAUAAAGAUCAGCUGAAUGUAUCAUGACGUAAUAUCGCUCCUAAGGGAUACAUGCGCAGAGAUGGGAGAGUGUUAGUCUCGUCACAAAAAGGAAGGAGGAGGGGGAAGAAGAGGAGAACAAGGACAAGAAGAAAGAUAACAACAACAACAACAACGUCAUCAGUACUUCUAAAACAACCUUCCCUUGAAAAAAAAAUUAAAAAGUGUCACCAUCACAACAUUGCAUUAACCUAGGACGCUGCUACCCACUUCAUCAACACAGCGUUCGUAUGGGCGCCGUCACCACCUUUCCCAGCAGCCACUGAAGCUAAAUGAGCACAGAAACUAAGAGAAACACAAAAUAGUAAAGUGGUAUUCUUACUCAGCGCCACUGAAGCUCGAUGUGUGAAAAAAAAGAUGCUAAGAAGAAUACUAGUCGCGUUCGGGAAUAUACAAACAAUAUAGUGCGCUCUUCUGUCUGUUAUCAUGUCUUACACUGAUACUCAGGUAACGUCUGUGUGUGUUGGGGGGUAAGAGUGACUUCAAAGUGAUAGUGCGUUGAUUGAGGACUCCACAACACCUCAAUUUCCGGGCCUGUUGAAAUAGAUCGCCACUAUGUUGCCACUAAACAAGGAUUCAACCAUAUCCUCCAAGAUGUCUGAAUAUGACAACGUUCCUGUGCUGCCAAUAGAUUACCACAACCACAUCCCUGCGCCCUUCCCUGCUUCCAUCGAUGACCCGUGCCCAGUCCCUCAACACCGGAGUUCCAUGUCCUCCUCCUCCACCAUGGCCGUCUCCACCGUCUCCCCGUCGUACAGCCUCCAGUGCGGGGAAUCAGCCUCGGCAACUCCCCGCUUACUACAGUUCCCGACGGAGGAGAAUCAGCUGCCCCUCGACACAGAAAAGAGACAGCAACAGCAACAGCAUGCACGUCUAGACCCGAGCCUCCUUCCGCAAGAUGAAGAUGGCCAGCAGGUUGCAUACCGACAGAACAGACAGCAGCCCAUGGAGAUGCGCAGUGCCACCAAACAUCAUCACCUUCAACACAACCCAGUGAACGCCCAUCACCAGGAGCGGUUUCGUCAGGUGGCUGGUGUUGUCACCCUGCGGGAUGGUAACGCCCUCAAGCAGGACAGCCUUAUGGAGCGCUUUUUUGUCUCAAGGGCGUGCCAGGCCGUGAAUGGCGAGGGGACCUAUGCCGCUGCUGUUAUGGAGUUUUUUCACAUUGCAGCCAUGUUGGUGUACCGAUUGUAUCGAUGUUGCAACAAACUGACUGCCAAGAUUCUGCACACCUUCCUUUAUUUGAUGGCAGUGCCUUGCAUUGUUGUGGGAACAAUAACUGUGUUUGAUUCCCAUAACUUGAGGGUACAACCUAUCCCUAACCUGUACUCCCUCCACUCCUGGUUGGGGGUGAUAACUAUUGGACUCUUUGCCCUGCAGGUAACACACACGCUUGUGGUUGGGUUCUUCAGCUUCUGGAUCCUGUUGUGCUGUGAACAGGGCACAGCCAAAUUCCGAGCUGGACUUGUGCCAGUCCAUGCUACCUUUGGCAUAAUUACUUUCAUGCUGGCCAUAGCCACAGCUGUCACUGGGUACACUGAGAAAGCCUUCUUUUCCCUCAGCACACAAUACUCUCAGAUGCCGGAUGAGGCUUGGGUGAUCAACACUCAGGCAACAUGUUUGGCUGGGCUGGCCAUUCUGAUGGGCUUCCUUCUCUACUCCUCCCGUUAUGCUCGAAGCAGGCACCCUGUGGCAAUUGUUGAUCCACCCUCCAGAUCACAUUAUGUCAUGGCUCAGAAGAAUUAUUACUACAGAGAAACUGAAUAGAUUACACACACAUACUUUUUAUGUGAAUUUUUACAACAUAUGAGUUGUGAAUAUGCAAUUAUCUAUAUGCAUAUACUCCUUUGAAAAUACAAUUACCUAGCCAUGGAAAGAAUAUUUGAAUUUAUUAUAAAAGCCAAGCACCUCUGCAUGCCUUUCUCACAUCCUCUGUACCUGGUGCUGUAUAUAUGGAAGUAGCUUAGGAAAACUAUAAAGACUUAAGUUUAAAGAUGUCUACAUGUGUUGUAUGUCUGAUUUUCAUUGUAGUAUCUUUAUGGUGUCUGAAUACUCAUUUAGAUAAUUUUACACAUUUUUUUCUUGUAUUUACUAUUAUUUGUAAAUGAUUGAUGUAUGUUAACUUGAGUUUAAGGAAAUUUUUUUUAGAUUGUGAAUAAAACAAGAAAGAAAAUAUAUAAUGACAACAUUUCUAUAAUAA